UCAACCGGAAGUAGUGUGUCCGUCUCCGUAUUCCUUCCGCUCCCGGAACUAAUAGUUGGUGUUUGAGCCGUGAUGAGGACGGCGGAGUAAGAAGCCAGUGUUUCUAGUUGUGUGAAGAAAGAGCGACAACACAAACUGCUGGAUGUUCAUUUUGAAAAGCUGAAACUAAACUACAAAGAGCAGAAAAGGGUGAAAAUGUGCGGGGUGCAGCUGCUGCGGGUGUCGGUCCAUGAGCGGAUGCGCGCCGCCGCUGAAGACGUCCUGCUGCGGGUGGAAACAGGAGAAGAAGCGGCGCUGAGAGCGCUGCUCACCGAGCGGCUAACGGCGGCUGCGGAGGAGAUCGUCGGUCUGUUGGAGGAAACCGUGGCGGAGUACGAAGACAGAGUGGAGCGGUCAGAGCGGGAGAUCUGCCGCCAGAGGAGGCUGCUCGAAGCCGUGCUGAAGCCCCAAGUCCGGCUGCACAGAGCAGAUUUACCUUCAGCUGUCCAGUACGUGAUUGUUGUCAAAAAGGAGUCACAGGAGCAGAGCUGCAGUCAGAACCAGGAGGAGCCAGAGCCCCCACACAUUAAAGAGGAACAGGAGGAACCUUGGACCAGUCAAGAAGAUGAAGAGAAACCUCAGUCCUCACAGCUUCAUCGAACACAAACUGAGCAGAUGAAAACAGAAGCUGAUGGAGAGGACUGUGGAGGACCAGAACCAGACAGGAACUCUGAUCCAGAUCCACAUUUACAACCUGAUUCAAGUCAACAGCUGGGAGACUCUUCUGAACCUGAGACUGAUGACAGUGCUGAUUGGAAGGAGACCGAAGAAGUGGGAUGUGGGAAAAGAUAUUCACAGAGAGCAUCUCUGAGUCGACACAUGCAAACACAUAAGGAGAAGAUAAGAGAGAAACCAUUCAGCUGUUCAGUCUGUAAGAAAUGUUUUUCAGAGAGUAGACGUUUAGAGACUCACAUGAUAAUGCACGCAGGAGAGAAACCUUUCAACUGUUCAGUUUGUAAGAAAUCUUUUGCACGGAGUCAGAAUUUAAAGCAACAUAUGAUAACCCACACACCAGAGAAACCUUUCAGCUGCUCAGUGUGUGGUAAAGGUUUCAAUUUUAGUGGGAAUCUGAAUACACACAUGCAAACCCACGGGGAAAGUGGGAAAAGAUGCCAUACAGGAGAGAAACCAUUCAGCUGCUCUGAGUGUGGGAAAAGUUACACACAGAGAGGAUCUCUGCAGAGACACACCAGACGCCAUACAGGAGAGAAACCAUUCAGUUGUUCAGUCUGUAAGAAAUGUUUUCCAGACAGUGGACGUUUAAAGGUUCAUAUGAGAACCCACACAGGGGAGAAACCAUUCGGCUGCUCACUAUGUGAGAAGUCUUUUAGCGUGCGUGGCCAAUUAAAGAUACACAUGAGAAUUCACACAGGAGAGAAACCAUAUAGCUGCUCUGAGUGUGGUAAAGCUUUCAAUUUUAGUGGGAGUCUGAGUCAACACAUUCAAACCCACUCAGGAGAGAAACAUUUCAGCUGCUCAAUUUGUAAGAAGUCUUUCACCCAGAGUGGAAGUUUAAAGCUUCACAUGAGACGCCACACAGGAGAGAAACCUUUCAACUGCUCAGUUUGUGGUAAAGGGUUCAUUUCAAGUUGUUCUCUGAGUCGACACAUGCAAACACAUACGGGAGAGAAGAAGAAGAAGAUAAGAGAGAAACCAUUCAGCUGUUCAGUCUGUAAGAAAUGUUUUUCAGAGAGUGGACGUUUAAAGACUCACAUGAUAAUUCACACAGGAGAGAAACCUUUCAACUGUUCAGUUUGUAAGAAAUCUUUUGCACGGAGUCAGAAUUUAAAGCAACAUAUGAUAACCCACACACGAGAGAAACCUUUCAGCUGCUCAGUGUGUGGUAAAGGUUUCAAUUUUAGUGGGAAUCUGAAUAAACACAUGCCAACCCACUCAGGAGAGAAACCUUUCAGCUGCUCACUUUGCAAGAAAUCUUUUACAAACGUCAAAGAACACAAAUGUGCUGGACGCUCGUCCUCAAAGUUUCAUCAAACUGAUAAGAACAAAGAGACAAAGAGAGCCUCCAGCCAGCAGCCCACAUGAGGAGAUGCAAACAGAAGCUGAUGGAGAGGAAGUCAGGAACUCUUAUUCUUCCUCGUCUUCUUCUAUAUACAUUUGAAAGAUUGUAUUUAUAUUUUUGCUGCAUAGCAUUCUGUAAAAUGUCAAAGAUGGAUUUAAAAAGCCUGUUCUAAAUUAUGAAUGAUGAGUUCAAUUGUUGUUGUUUUUUAUGUAUAUUUAACAAUAGAAUAGUUGCAGCUGUUGUUCACAUUUUUUCAAUGUUACAAUGCUGAGAAUGCAAAUAAAACCUAUGUUCAGGUUGAUAUUUGUUUUUAUUUAAAAUGCAGUACUGUAAUCACUCCUCACCUCUUAGAGUUAACAUUUUAAGGCUUACCUUCAAAAAUAAGCAAGUUG